AAUUCCAAAAUCAACCUAACCUACAAAAUUGUACAUUUUUAUCAAACAUAGUUGUUAAAAGAUUGUGAAUAACAGUUUGUAAAUUUUUAAUUUGCUUUCAAGUUGAGAUCUUGUUACUAUGGACCUCGAGUUAGAUUAAUUUAAGUGUUUUUGUAGAAAUUUAAAGCUGUCAUGGGAGAAGAAAGCGACGAGUCAAAGAUAAAACGAGCUACAAAAAACAGACUACGAGAUGCAUCAAAUCUCAAUAGUGAAUAUAAUAAUCCGUGUAUAAAGGAGCAUAAACAAGUGCAUAAAUGUCUUAAUGAUAAUAAUUACAAUCAUGACAGGUGUAGAUUUCAUUUUGAGAAUUACAAUUCUUGUCAAGCAUUUUGGAAGUCAGUGCAAUCGGAUAGGAGAAAAAAAGAUAUAAGGCCAUACUUACCUGUUCCAGAGGAUAGAGAGCAAAUAAAACAAGCGUAUUUAGAAAAAAAGAAAAAUGCCAAUUAAAUAUGUAUUUGUGAAUUUCUAUUGCUGAUUCAAUUUGUAACUAGUUUCUUUAGCAAUAAGAUAAUUAAAAAUUGUUGAAUUUUAAAGGGA